AUGUUGUGCGUGUUAGUAAUACUUUACAUAAUACAUUCGGUAAUUUCCACCGGCCCGGUAAUCACUUUGCCCAGCGGGAAAAUUCGCGGUCAACAAGUCCAAGCGCGCUUCGAUAAAAAUCUGCUCUACUACGCCUAUCAGGGCAUUCCAUUCGCUUCUCCGCCGACAGGAAAACUCCGAUUUUUGCCGCCGCGACCGGCAAAAAAUUGGAGCGGCAUCAAGGAUGUACUCGAUAAUCAAAUAUCCUGCUACGCCGUCGACGCCGAGGACGAGCAUUUCAGCGAAGAUUGCCUUUAUUUGAGCGUUUAUACGCCGACGGCUCCGAUGAACAACACCAAGUUAAAUGUGCUGGUGUUUAUUUAUGGAGGGACGUUCCUGCAUGGACAUAUGACGUACGGUUAUAAAAAAGGAGGGUUUCUGAUGCAGGAGGAUAUAGUAUUAGUAACGUUUAACUACAGAGUCGGUCCUUUUGGUUUUUUGUCUACUGGUGAUACAGUUAUUCCUGGGAAUAUGGGUUUGAAAGACCAACAAUUUGCUUUGAAAUGGGUUCAACGGAACAUCCAUUUAUUCGGAGGAGAUCCUGCUAAGGUCACCUUAAUGGGCCAAAGCGCUGGAUCAGCUUCUGUUACUUAUCAAUUAAUAGCGCCCAGUUCGGCAGGCUUAUUUAGAGCAGCAAUAGGCUGUAGCGGCACAUUCCUGUGCCCUUGGGCCUAUCAAAUCCAAGCAGUAGAUACAGCUUACGGUAUAGCAGCAGAAAUAGACCCACAGUUCACCAGGAAUCGAACGUCGCAGGAACUGCUAGAGUUUUUGCAAGGCGUCGAUGUCCAGGAAAUAGUCAAAACUAAAAAUAAGUACAAUGUAUUUUCACCUGUAAUCGAAGUUCCUCACGCCGGUGCUAUCAUUUCCGAUGUUAUGUACGAUAGAGCUGAUAAAGGGAUGUUUAAAAAAGUACCAAUCUUCAUGGGGAUCAAUUCAGAAGAGGGAAUUGGAUUAGGCAAAAAUAUCACUUCAUUGUUAAAACGAUUGGAGAACUACGAUAAGAAUCCUCGACUUGUAGUAAAUGAUGAUAUGUAUAUAAAAGAUGAUGAUGAGAAAUUGAAAGUUGGUAAAGAUAUUAUUAAAAUAUACGUUAAAAACGGUACACUCGAAAAUAACCCACCCAAAGGAAUCCAGUUAUACAGCGACGAUAGAUUCACAAGGGGCAUCAUAAAAUUCGCCGAAUUGGUAGCCAAACAUACGGAUGUAUAUUUCUAUCAAUUUUCCUAUCACGGGGAGCUGGGAAAAGCAACAAACAACGUCACCAUACCGGGCAUCGGUAAGGUAAAACACGCGGAAGAUCAAAGAUAUUUCUGGUCGGAGCACGACGAUUACGGCUCGUACCCCGCAAGGGACGUGGUAACGGUAAGGAGAUACAACAAGUUAAUCGCUAAUUUCAUUAAAACAUUAAAUCCCACUCCGGUGGAAGAUGAAUUAUUCCAAAACGUAACGUGGCCGAAAGUCGCCCGAGAUGAAUUUCCGUAUUUAAACAUCGAUGACGAUCUGAGCGUGCUGAGGAAUCCCAGGAAUUUUUCAUUCGGCCACUGGGUUGAUUUAUUCGAAAAAUAUGUACCUAAACCGUUCAUUUCUUAUUGAAAUCUAUAUUUCUUUUCAUUUUGAAAUAAAAUUACAAGCGAAUAUUUCUAUUAUUCAAUUACAG